AGAUCCAUCAAAGUAGAAUGAAAUGUGUGCCACCCCAUUCUGGCAGUCAACGCACAGAGAGAUCUGGUCAGACGGAGGAGGAGACCAUCCAGGAAGCAAACCACAGUGAUGAUAACCUCCAUGUGAACCAGGGUGAGGAUGAACACAUCGAUCAGCUUACAGAGAUAGAACAACUUACAGAAGGAGAAGAAAUAAAUGUGAUAGAACCAGCAGUCAGAAGAGAAAUGUUAGAGCCAAGGAAGGAAAAGAUCAAGUGGCCAACAAGUGCAGACAAAGCGAUAUGGAAAGCUUUCGAUGAAGAUCUAGAAAACAUCUUAGAAGCAACAUUAGCAGGAAAUGUAGAUAGAAAGAUGAGAGCAAUGACGUCCAUUAUUUACAGCGUAGGAAAGGACAGAUUUGGGUUGAUGAUAUCAGAGAAAAGAGAGAUGACACAAGGUCAGAGUAACCGUAGACAGAGGAAGAUCAAGGAACUGAGAGGGGACCUCAGAAGGUUAAAGAAGAGGUAUAGAGAUGCUAUGGAGGUGGAAAGGUUACCUCUUCAACAGUUAAGGAAAGAAACCAGGGGAAAAUUGAAAACACUUACAAGAGCAGAAACACAUAGAAGAGACAGAAAGAAAAGGGCAAAGGAAAGAGCACAAUUCACAGCACACCCUUUUCAGUAUAUGAAGAGACUAUUUGGAGCAAGAGGAUCUGGUAAAUUGGAAAACUCAAAGGAGGGAGUAGAAAAACAUCUCAGAAAGACACAUAGUGAUGUAAGGCGUGAGGAAGAUCUGGAAGAAUGUGAGAAACUGGCAACUCCAGAGGAACCGAAAGAACAAUUUGAUGAGUCAGAACUGAAGUUCAAAGAAGUGCAGGAUGUUCUAAAGAAAGCAAGAGCAGCAUCAGCACCAGGGCCAAAUGGUAUUCAGUAUCGGGUAUACAAGAACUGUCCCAAGCUGACCAGACGAUUGUGGAAGCUUUUGAGAGUAGUUUGGAGAAGAAGAAAGAUGAUAGAUGCAUGGUAUAAAGCAGAAGGAUGUUUUAUUCCGAAGGAAGAGAACUCAAGGACAGUUGAGCAGUUUAGAACCAUCUCCCUAUUGAAUAUCGAGGGUAAAAUCUUCCUAGCAGUUUUAGCAAAGAGGACAACAAGGUUCCUGCUAAGCAAUGAAUACAGAGAUUUAUCAGUUCAGAAAAGAGGCAUGCCAGAAGUGUCCGGAUGUAUUGAACAUACUAGUGUUUUGACACAGAUCUUAAGAGAAGCAAAGGAGAAAAAAAGCGACUUAGCAGUACUUUGGCUAGAUUUUGCUAAUGCUUACGGAUCCAUUCCUCACAAACUGGUAGAUUUGACAUUGCAGAGGUACCAUGUUCCAACGACCAUCAGGACAAUGCUGCAAGAAUACUUUGAUCACAUUGAGAUGAGAUUUACAGUAGGAGAUUUCACCACAGCGUGGCAGAGACUAGAAGUAGGAAUAUUAACGGGAUGUACAGUGUCAGUAGUAUUGUUUGCAGCAGCUAUGAACCUCAUUUUGAAGUCAGUGGAAAAACCCAGUAGAGGACCAUUAAUGUCAUCAGGUAUAAGACAACCACCAAUAAGAGCAUUUAUGGAUGACAUGACUGUUACAGCAAAGACAGUAAUAGAGGGAAAAUGGACCUUAAAGGAGUUGGAAGGAAUGAUAAGUUGGGCCAGAAUGAAAUUCAAACCCAGUAAAUCAAGAAGUUUGGUUGUGAGGAACGGAAAAGUGAGAGAUGAAACUUUCGAAUUAGCAGGGGAACAGAUACCAACAGUUGGAGAUAAUCCAGUGAAAUGCUUGGGGAAAAAGUUUGACGCUUCACUAGCAGACAGCGGAAACACCAAAGAAAUACACAUGCAGUUAGUAGAUUGGCUGUCGAAGAUAGACAAGAGUGGCCUGCCAGGAAGAUACAAAGCUUGGAUUUAUCAACAUGGGGUCUUGCCAAGGAUACUAUGGCCGUUAUUGGUAUACGAGUUUCCAGUGUCCAAAGUUGAGGUUUUAGAAAGAAAGAUCAGUGCGUCCCUCAGACGUUGGCUUGGCGUACCAAGAAGUUUCAGCAGCGUUGGCUUGUAUAGUACAGGAACUAAAUUGCAAUUUAAGGCAACUCAAGGCGUUGACUGAAGAGUUUAAAGUUACAUAAACACGACAGGUCAUGAUGUUGAUGGACAGCAAAGACGCCAAAGUUAGAGGAGCAAAAGUGAAGAUCCGGACAGGUAGAAAGUGGAAAGCAGAGGAAGCAGUGAAAGAAGCAGAGACAAGACUUAGACAUAGUGUCAUCGUCGGUGUCACGGCAGUAGGGAGACAAGGAUUUGGUAUGACAACUAAACCAAGAUGGGAUACAGCAGAUGAGAAGGGAAAGAGAGAUUUGGUACAGCAGGAAGUACGACAGAUAGAAGAAGAGAGCAGGAACAUCAAGGCGGUAGGCAUGAAGCAUGAAGCAGGGCCUUAUCCUGGAAUGAGAUUUGGAGUAUGGAGGGGUACCGUUUGAGCUUCCUUCUGAGAUCAGUGUACGAUGUACUACCAAGUCCAUCAAAUCUCUAUACAUGGGGGCUGAUAGAAGAUCCAAUGUGCACCUUAUGCAAAGACAAACCAGCAUCUCUACAACAUGUGUUGUCAUCAUGUCAAGUGGCACUGAAAGAUGGUAGGUACACAUGGAGACAUGAUAGUGUACUGAAAACUAUAGCAGCCAGGUUGGACAUCAUCAGGAGGAAGAAGAGAAAGAUCAAGAAAAACAUCACUUUCGUAAACUUUGUGAAGGCUGGAGAGAGCAAGGACAACACACCUGAAGGCCUUGGGAUCCUUGCAACAGCAACAGACUGGCAAUUUUGUGACGUAGUAAAUAUUCAUUCAAAAAUAGAAUAGAAGAAUAUUUAAUAAAUGAAAGAAUAUUAAAGAAAUAAAGUAAAGAUUUGUUGAAUUUACAAAGAAAGUUAGAAUCGUAAUUUAAAAUAGAAAGGUUCAUAUUUUCAAGAAACUAAAUUAUAUUGGUUUAAAAAGUCUUAAACAAAGUUACAACACAAUAUUAUGUAACAGGAAAUUUUAUAAAACAUUAUCAAAAAGAUUGUGACAUGUUAAUCCCCCUGAAAUAAAUUAAGCUUAAGUAAUUAUGAGAAGGGGCACAUUUUAGACAAUAAAUCAUUAUCAAUAGGGAUAGCGUCCCGCCGAAGGCAAAGCGAUUAUUUUAUAAAAAAAUAAUUGUCUAUUGUAAAAUAGUGGGAGGGAGGAGUAACUCAAAUUAGUUGUAAAUUGGGGAAUAAAUUAACUUUUGAUUGGGCAAGCAAUUUUAGGCUGAUCUUGGCGUGACCACGUGAGGAAAAGGUUUUAAGGGAUAAAUUUUGAUAUUAAAACUUCACUUGGUCACUUGAUAACAAGAAUAAAGAUCUAGCCUGAAUUUGUGUCCAUUAUAUUUAAGGUAUGUAAAGUAUACAUGUUUAAAACAAAUAAGUAUGAAUAAUAAUUUAACAGAUUUAUUUUAAAUAUAAAAUAUAACAUUGUUCAAAUUGAAGAUAAAAGAACUUAUUCGUUUAACACAAGUUUAUCUACAAAUUGUAAGGAUUGUAGGUUUGUUGAAUAUUAAGUAAAUUAAUUAAGAAAAAAAGGCAUAUGAUAAGUUCCGUAAAUAUUGCAUGUGUGAGCAGCUAUUGGUUUUAUUUUUAUUAUAUUAAAGGGACAUAAUUUGAUAUUGUUUAGAAAGAUGCUCGUGUAAAUAAUACAAUUUUAGAAAUAAUAGGAAUCUAAGGAAUAUUUAAAAUGAUAUUUAUAGAUAAGUUCAACUCUAAGAUAUUCAGGAAACUUAACAAUAAGCAGUCCAACUAUAAAAACAGAUGACGAUACAAAAACACCCCAAGUAUCGACACAACAAUUUACUGCAGAUAUCAAGCAAUCCUUCUCACUAUACAAAUCCUUGCAGAUAUUCAGCAACGUAUGAGAUUCCCAGCAGAAAUAGCAGCAACAUCGCUAAGACCAGAUAUGGUACUAUGGUCGCGGGGAACCAGGCAGACAGUUUUGCUGGAACUGACAGUCCCUUGGGAAGAAAGGAUGGAUGAAUCGCACGAAAGAAAGAUGGCAAAAUACCAACAGCUUGUAGAAGAUUGCCAACAGAGGGGAUGGAGGACGUGGUGCUUUGCUAUUGAAGUAGGGUGCAGGGGCUUUGCGGGACAGACAGUAUGGCAAGCUCUCAGGACCUUAGGAGUUGUAGGAGCAGAGAGGAAGAAGCUUAUUUCAGAAGUGUGUAGACAAACAGAAGUGUCAUCACAGUGGAUAUGGAGGAAGAGAGAUGAGAUCUGGAAAAGUGGAAAUUAGAGAUAUGUGAAUUAAGACAUUUUGUGUAAAUAAUGGACUUGUGAUAGAAGAGACGUUAUAACAGCUCUGAUGAAAACACCAAUCAGUGACAGUGCAGCAGUUACAUCAGCUGACAUAUCGGGAGCAAUGUAAGCCAUCCAGUUUCAGGUUCAGACUGAUCACCUGAGCCGGCACACCUAUGGAGGUUGUUGUGGAAUAGCGCCGAAACAGCCGAGGAAGGAGGACCCCACCUGAUGAUGGAACUGGAUCAGCAUUAUAACGAUGUUUACAAGGAACAUGUAUAAACUAGUGAAUUGAUGGUUUAACUACCAAGAUGUAACGAGAGAUGUCAAGUAAUGAACAAAAAGAAGUAACAUGAAGUUAGACAAUACAACUUGAGGUGUCAGAAUUAGUGCAAUUGUUAUUUGCAGAUAUAUAGCUGGAUUUUGUCAAAAUGUGAACUGUAACACUGGGAUCAAAUAUGUUAUUUUUUCUAAAAAAUGAUGAAUUUGAGAAUUAAAUUUUCAUAUCUA